UGUUUUUCUAAAGCUUUUCGAGAAUUUCUCAUUUCUCGUCUCAUAUCUAUAUAUAUCCUUUGCAGCGGGUAAUCCCAGCUGUUGGCUAUUUCUAUUUUUACCCUCUGUUUUUUAUUGUAUUGCGAUUCUACCCUUUUACAGACGAUCGAUCUCUCAAAUCCACUAGAAUUCGUUCGUGUUCGUCCGAUUUUUCGAUUUCUAGGGUUUUGUUUCUGUGUUUUUUCAUCUGUCGCUCGUUCGUCUCGAUGGGGGAGUGGAAGAUAGAGGAUAUGCCCCUUCCUGCUCUCUUCGAGCAGGCCCGCAAGAUCCAUUCCAUGGCGUCUGAAUCCACCAUUGAUCAGGAGACGUUGAAGAAGGCGUGCGAAGCGUUAUGUCAGUGCGAUGAAAUGAUAAGCAAGCUAGGGCUUUUCUCCACCAACGAAUCGAAGGAUGAUGUCAGCACCACCAAUCUCAAAUACUUGCUGGUACCGUUUUAUCUUGGAGAGUUGACAGAAAAGGUUACACAAGUUGAUAGGAUACAGGUUCUUAAGAUUUCCCAGGACCGACUAAAGGAAUUUGUAUCAUUUUGUGAGGCACUAGAGCUUUUGCCUGAAGAGGAGUUGGAGAUUCAUUCACAAAAGGGCCCAGAUACACCUGCGUCUCGAAGGGCUAACAAGAUUGCUCGGUUCAGACGCCAGAAAGCUGCAGAAUCAAAGCUACAAGAAAUUAAAGAAAGGAAAGAGCGGCGAGGUCGUUCAUCCAGAGCAGCUGCUUUAUCUACUCCUAUUGAGGCUGGGGAAGAAGAUACUUUGGAUGAUGAUGGUGAAGAGGAACGGGAGGCAUGGCUCACUACCAUCUCUCUGGCUAUCUGUAAGGCAUUUGAUUUGCUAGAAAUGCUAAAGAAAGAGGAAGAAAUACUUUCAGCUGUAAAAGAUCAGCAGUCGCAGAGGCCAUUGUCUCCAAUUCUGACAACUGCAUUGCAGGAUGGGGACAAGGAAUUUGCUCAAGAGGUCCUUGACGAGCGUGCCAAGAAAGCAGAAAGUUGGCAUCGGAAUGCUGCGUUCCAAGCACAAUUUUCAAAACCAGCACAGCCAAUCACAUGUGCCACUUUUGCCCAAGAUGUGAUAGAAGGGAGAGCAAAGGCUUCACAAGCACAUGAACACAAACACCAACCAAUGAUAUUUGGGCCUGCAAGUGUCAUGAAUAGAAAAUUAACAACUGAAAGGGAAAGGAUGGCAGCACAGGUUUUCCAGCCUGGUUACAGGUUGCCAACCAUGAGCAUAGAAGAAGCUGGUCUAUGCGAAAUGGAGAUGAUGAAGAAAUGGCAAGAAAGGAAUGUCAAGCUUUAUGAAGAAGCUAAUUCUUCAUGGCACAAGGAUACCCAGAAGUCAGCAGCUGAUGAAGAUGAUGAUGAAGCUGCUGAAGAGAAGGCAAGGGCAUGGGAUGACUGGAAGGAUGACCAUCCUCGUGGGGCAGGCAAUAAGAAGCUCACCCCUUGUGGAUAAUAUGGAAGAUCACAGAUAUUGCGUCUUAGAGAGAGCUUAGGGCUUGUUCUAUAAACGCUCGGGAAAGUUUUGAUAUUUUGACUGUGUACUAUAGCUGCCAUUUGUUCAUCUCCUCUAUAUGUUAUAUCCUAAUAAGAAGACUUCUUUGCAUGUGUAUAUGAUGGAGAAACAGGGAAUGCAGAAAUCUUGGAUUGCA